AAGUUGUUUGUGUAAACAGCAGCCCAUAUAUAUAUAUGUAUAUAUACUACUUCUUUCGUUGACUAUGUAAAUAUAUAUGUAUUGUCUCUAGCUAGACAGAAUCCCCACGUAAAUACAUAUCUCAUAGUUUCAAGUUGUAACAAUAGUUCAUCCUUCACACCCCGAUAUACAUCCAGGCACCUUUUAAUCCCAUACACCUGCAUUCAGGGCAUACAGGCCAGUUGUGUGCGUAGAGGACUGACAAUGCACCUAUAUACAUAGAUAGGCUAACGACAGUGACGAUGAAAUGCCCCAAGAUUGUACACUGGGGCCCGCUGGUCACGAUCUGUCUCAUUGCCUUCCACACUCUGGGCACAGAGAUUGUGCUGUACAGAACAUGGAGAGACCACGAGCAGCCGGUGUACCAUUCGAUAGUACACAUGGGUCUUGCAUUCAUGCUGGUGCUGAGCUAUCUGUGCAGCAUGUACCUGGGACCAGGGGAAUUCCCCAUGGCAUGGGAACCCGCUGAUAAACGUGAGCAGCUGCAAUACUGCUACCAGUGCGAACGAUUCAAGCCACCCCGCGCCCACCACUGUCGCGAGUGCGGCACCUGUUGUCCGAAAAUGGACCACCACUGCCCGUGGAUUAAUGGGUGUGUAGGGUGGAAGAAUCAAAAAGCCUUUGUGCUGUUUCUGCUUUAUGUGGUGCUGGAUGGCUUCCACUCCAUGUACAUCAUCGGCUGGCGAGCUUACCUCUUGGUCCAUUUUGGACUUGUAUGGCGACAACCCAUGCUCUUUGCUGACGUGUUCCUUGUGGGCUCGGUUGCCUUCGCCGUAUGGCUGGCCGUGGGGGUCCUUCUGUUCUUCCAGCUCCGCAUAGUCUUGCGCAACAGGAGUGACAUUGAAGCGUGGAUCAUGCUCAAGGCCGAUGAUCGUAGACAACCGGAGGAGGAACCGUUUGCCUUCCCAUAUACUCUGAGCCGGCGAGCCAACUUCGCCGCAGUCUUUGGACCGUCUCCAUUGUGGUGGUUUAUUCCCACGGCAAGCCAUGGCAAUGGGCUGUGGUGGGAUGUGGUGGAGGGAUGUGACCAGUACACACUCACGCGCGAGCAACUGGCGCAGAAGAGGGCCAAGCGCAAAGAGGCGCAGUUGAUGCGCGUGACACAACCGUUCAACAGAGGGUGGUUUGGCUGUGGGUGGGGCCAUCAGACAUGGCGUACUCAUCCUAGCAUGGAUGAUGAACGCCUUGCUGUGGAAGUGAGCGAUUUGCUGCUUAUUACACGGGAUAAGAAACACUGGCUGUAUGGCGAGAAGCUGACUUCGGAAGGAGAAGACUUGUCAAUGGCUGACAGAGCCAAGGCACAUGGGUGGAUGCCACGAACAUGCGCUCAGGAACUAGAUACACACAGCGAUGAGUACGCAGAACUAGCAGGCGAAUAUUUCCAACUGACAACUAAGCCUGUGCAGGCAGUAGGUAAAAGCACUAUUGAUGAAGAAACUAAUGCCGACAUGGAGGCGGAGACCAAGAAGAACCUGUAAUACUGUUUACGAAAACAAACGAAUAAAUUAGGUAUUAAAUUUGUCCA